AGUCGCUAGGAUCAUCUGUGGAAGCUCCGCAACGGUGGUUGAACGCUGAACCACCACCAGUCCAUCAUCUCCAUCCUCUUCCCCAUCCAAUCCUGCCCGACCACCUCGAUCACCUCCUAUUCCUCCAGCCCCUGCCCCUGCCCCCCCACCAAAAAGAGAUCAACAUCUCUCCAUCAACAUCACCAUCACUGGCAUCAGCAUCGGCAAACGCGUCCAGUCCUGCCAUGGUGGUAGGAGGCGGAGGAGGGAUAGAGAAGAUGGAGGAGUGGGAAGCCGGGAGCAGAGGAAAGGUGUAACAGACAAGACAGCCGGACAGACAAGACAAGACGCGCAUGCGGGCGGACGGGCGUGCGUGCGUGCGAGGAAGAUGGAAACAGCCUCGGCAGAAAUUAAAGAUUAAGGGGAUAUUUGGGCAAAGCUCGCGUUGUGCUGCUACGCCUCCCAUCCUGCCCGCCGCUCUGGACGCAAGGAAGAUCGCCACUCCCGGAAACUGGUCCAAGACCCCCCCGGGCUCGCCGGCACAUUUGAGAUUAAGGACACACGCCCGCCCAUAGAGAGAGAGAGAGACAGACAGACACACAGAGAGACAACACUCACGGAGGCGCAGCUGCUGAGCUUAACGUGGGCGGGACGCUUGGGUGUGCAGCGCGGUUAAACCCUCGUCAUCAUGAAGAGGCUCAUUUGCAAGAAGAUCUGCUCCUACAAGGCACACGAGGAGGAUGAGCCGGUGGAGGGAAAGGGAGCGCCGGGAGGCAAGGCCAGCCGCCGGGGCCCUGGGCAGGGAGGGGCAGGCCGCAGGCAGGGCCCCUGGUCGGCAAAGGCGGCCACAGGGCGGGAGGGUGCUGGAGCGGUGGAUGAGGAAGACUUCACCAAGGCGUUUGAGGACGUCCCCUCCGUGCAGAUCUAUUCCAACCGCGACCUCGAGGACGCCAUGAGUAAGAUCCGAGACAUCCUGUCGGACGACAAGCACGACUGGGAGCAGCGCGUGGCCGCCGUGAGGGAGGUCCGCUCGCUGCUCGUGGCCGGAGCCAUCAAGCACGAGGGCUUCCUGCAGCAGCUGCGGCUCAUGGACCCGGCGCUCAAGCUGAGCGUGCGUGACCUCCGCUCGCAGGUCGUGCGCGAGACCUGCAUCACGCUCGCGUACCUGUCGGCGUUGCUGCGGAACAAGUUUGAGUUCACGGCGGAGGCGGUGCUGACCGGGCUGUUUGCGCUCGUGCCGAAUAGCGCCAAGGUCAUGGCCACGUCCGGGCUCGUGGCGAUCCGGCUCAUCCUCAAGAACACGCACGCUCCGCGCCUCACCCCCAUCGUCUGCUCCAACGCCGCCUCCAAGGCCGUGUCGGUGCGCAGACGCAGUUUCGAGUUCCUGGACCUCAUGUUCCAGGAGUGGCAGACGGCUGCGCUGGAGAGACACGUGAGCCUGCUGGUGGACACGGUGCGCAAGGGGAUCACGGACGCAGACUCGGACGCGAGACUCGAGGCGCGGAAGGCCUACUGGGGGCUCCACAACCACGCCCCCGGCGCCGCCAAGGCCAUGCUGACGUCGCUGGAGCCGUCGUACCAGCGCGCCGUGACGGCGCAGCGCGGGGGCGCCCACCCCAACGGCUCGGGCCUCCUGCAGCCGCACUCGGACCGAUCGUCGAGCAGCUCCCAGGAGAGCCUCAACCGCCACCUGGGCAAGAGAGGACUGCCCCACAACGUACACAAGGCGACGACGACCAAAGUGCCGGCCGGCGCCCGCAAGCCCCCGCCCUGCGCGCCCGGCGCGAUGCAGCGCUCCCGCAGCGACGUGGACGUGGGCGCGGCACACAGCGCCAAGGCGCGCAUGGCGGCCGGCUCGGGGGGCGCCUCGGCCGUGGGGUCGGGGGUCGCGUUGGGCCGCGAGCGACCCCCGACAGCACCGGCCCGGCACCACGUGACGAGCAGCGGAUACGCGGCAACCAUGAUCAUCGCAGCUCGCUCGACGGAUAGGUUGAAGGAAAAUUCUCAGGGCCAAAUCACUACCACAUCAACCACCACCAUCACUACCACCUCCACCACCAUCACUACCACAUCAACCACCACCAUCACAACCACCAUCACUACCACCACCACCAUCACUACCACCUCCACCACCUCCACCACCUCCAUCACCACCCUCACUACAACCUCCACCACCACCAUCACUACCACAUCAACCACCACCAUCACUACCACCUCCACCACCAUCACAACCACCUCCACCACCACCAUCACAACCAACAUCACUACCACCACCACCACCAUCACCACCAUCACGUCACCAUCACCGCCGUGUUCCCCAGGCAUCCUGCACAAGCCGGGAGGCGUGGGCUCUCUGGGCUCUCCCGGCGAACGGCACGGACGCCCAGCGGCGAAAUCCGUCUCCCAGAACCAGCGCAGCCGCUCCAGCUCCCCGGGCCGGUUCCUGGCGGGGAUCGGAACGAGGGUGUCGCGUGGGCCCCGACCCCCGAUCCCCGCGCCGGCCUGCGCCCUCCCCGCGCCGCCGCUCCUGUCCCAGGCCCCCCAAGCGGGGGCAGGGGGCCCCUCGGGGCAGCGGGGCAGCCUGAUCCCACACAGCCUCGGGGGCAGCCGAGACUCCAGCCCGGCCAGGCUCGGGCCCUCCGUUCGGGAGAGCCGCAUCCCGCGAGUGAGCCUGAGCCAGGGCUGUAGCCGCGACACAAGCAGGGAGAGCAGCCGCGACCCCAGCCCCGUGCGAGCAUUCGCGGCGCUCUCCCGCGGGAGCCGCAUCCCGCGAGUGAGCCUGAGCCAGGGCUGCAGCCGCGACACAAGCAGGGAGAGCAGCCGCGACCCGAGCCCCGUGCGAGCAUUCACGGCACUCUCCACGCGACAGCAGUCCCGCUCCACCAGCGCCCUCACCAACAGCUUUGUGCCUUCAGACCCCUACUCGCUGAUGCAGAGUCGGGGAAUCUCGUCGUCCGUGAACGCGAUGCGAUUCCUCGACCCGGGGUCCGACGUGGAGGCGGCUGUGGCGGAUGCGCUGACCGGAAGCACCAGAGCCAAGCGCAAGCCCGUGCGCCGCCGCUACGACGCCUACGGGAUGACUUCGGACGACGACGCGAUGAGCGACGCCUCCAGCGCCUGCUCCGAGCGCUCGUGCGGCUCGCGGGGGUCGCGGGGGGCUCACGGGGCCCCCCUCGCGCCGGGGGGGGCCCCGGGCCCCUACCUGGCGCGCCAGGCGGAGGACGUGGCCGACAUCCUGAACCGCUGCGCCAGCUCCAACUGGGCGGAGCGCCGUGACGGGCUGCUGGCGCUGCAGGCGCUGCUGCGGGCACAGCGCACGCUCAGCCGCGUGGAGCUCAAGCGUCUUUGUGAAAUCUUCACGCGAAUGUUCGCCGAUCCGCACAGCAAGAGGGUGUUCAGCAUGUUCCUGGAGACGCUCGUGGACUUUGUGCUGACGCACCGCGCGGAGCUGCAUGACUGGCUCUUCGUGCUGCUCACUCAGCUGCUCAAGAAGAUGGGUGCCGACCUCCUGGGCUCCGUGCAGGCCAAGGCCCAGCGCUGUCUCGACGUCACCAGGGAAUGCUUUCCCCCGGACCUGCAGUUCAACAUCCUCAUGCGCUUCGUGGUCGACCAGACGCAGGUGCUUAACCUCAAGGUGAAGGUGGCAGUGCUCAGGUACAUCUGCGCGCUGAGCCGCAUUAUGGAGCCGCGGGGCUUUGUGAACGCGAGCGAGACGAGGCUCGCCGUGUCGCGCAUCAUCACCUGGACCACGGAGCCCAAGAGCUCGGAAGUCAGGAAGGCGGCCCAGGCAGUGCUGAUUGCGCUGUUCGAGCUGCACCCCCCGGAGUUCACGAUGCUGCUGGGGGCACUGCCCAAGACGUUCCAGGACGGGGCCACUCGCCUUCUGCACAACCACAUCAAGGCGGCACCCAAAGCCGGGGGCAACCAGGCGUCCGCGAGCGGAGCUGCCCACCGUGCCCCCAUGCGCCCCCCAGCGAACAGGGUCAGCCCCGUGACCUCGCCCUCCGCCUCCUCCCAGGGGACCGUGUCUCCCGGGACGAGCGAGGCGGACGGGGAGGCGGCGGGGGAGGAGUUCUACCGCUCCCUGCGAGGCGUGUCGCAGGCGAUCCAGAGCUACAGCUACCGCAGCCAGGAGGACCUCACCGAGCAGUCGGCCGCCAACGCAGCCGCCGGGCGCGAGCAGGGCACGGGGGCGGCAUUGGGGAGGGAGGGCGAGGGGGGGCGGGACACCCCCGACAGGUGGACCCCCGGCCGCUCGUCCCUGGCCGAGCUGCUGGCCGAGCUGACGGGCCCCGGCGGGCGCCCCGAGGAGCGGCGGGCCGCGCUGCGCGAGCUGCAGCGCGCCGGCCGCGAGGAGCCGGCGGCCGCGUGGGAGGAGCACUUCAAGACCGUGCUGCUGCUCUUGCUCGAGACGCUCGCGGACGCAGACCACGUGACCCGCUCGCUGGCGCUGCGAGUGCUCAGCGAGUUCCUGCGUCGCCAGCCCACGUGCUUCCGCAAGUACGCGGAGCUCACCAUCAUGAAGGUCCUGGAGGCACACAGAGACCCACACAAGGAGGUGUGCCGCGCCGCCGAGGAGACGGCGUCGGUGCUGGCGGCGUCGCUGCCCGCCGAGCAGUGCCUCAAGGUGCUGUGCCCCAUCGUGCAGACGGCCGACUUCCCCAUCAACCUCGCCGCCAUCAAGAUGCAAACGCGCGUCAUGCAGCGGCUGCCGUACAACGCGCUCAUCCAGCUGCUGCCCGACAUCAUCCCGGGCCUCUUGCAGGGUUAUGACAACGCGGAGAGCAGCGUGCGGAAAGCGAGCGUGUUCUGCCUCGUGGCGAUUCACACUGCCAUCGGAGAGAGCCUCACCCCCUACCUCACUCACCUGUCUGGCAGCAAGAUGAAGCUGCUGAAUCUGUACAUCCAACGUGCAGAGAGCAAUGCUGGACCAGGCUCGCCCGGGUCCCCGGCUCUCAGCCUCUCGGGUCAAUGCAGCUGAUGGCCGCUUCAUCGCUUCAGCACCCCCUGUCAGCUGGGCAGCUCCCGAUAUUCAACCUAAGUUUCAGUACCCUCCUAUUGGCUGGACAGCUCCCCACCCACCAACUCUAUUUCGUGUCAGCACCCCCUAUUGGCUGGACAGCUCUCCAUACCGAAAACAAUUCCUGUUUAACACCCCCUUUUUGUGUGAUAGCUUUCAACACCCCAGCUGAAUUAUGUUUCAGAACCCCACCUAUUGGGUGGACAGCUACCCCACUACCGAGUGUACUUUCUGGUGUCACCACACAAUAAUCCCUCACUUAAAAAGUACCCACGCCACGGGUAUGGAGUUGAUGACGAUUGCAAGCACGGCCCGAUUAUAAAUCACGCAAGUGUCGUUAUUAUUGGGCACACGUUGUCCGUAAGGGCAAGUUCUGCUCGGGUGAGCUAUGGGAAUUCGAAUCAGCACUGACAUUACAUGUGUUUGAAUACAUGGUAAAUAUGCAGCGCAAACACACGCUAUAAUACAGCGCACGAGCUCUUAGAAUGUAGCAGAUGUCAAUGCCUGGAAUAAGGGCGUAAAUUAUUAAACAAACUCCUCUUCCCGUACCUUCACGGUGCCAUUCUGAACAGAAAGGAUUCGUUCUGAAAACACUCGUGAAUUCAAUUGUUUUUGCAAUUUGGGGGUCAUAUCUUGGUAUUAUUUUAUAGUUAUACAUCUAUUUAUCAGCUAAGAUAUUUCACGUUCAGAAUCCCUGCAGACGGAACAUCUCAAUUGCAAGGUGUCCACACGCAGACAAACACAGUAUAUACACAAUAUACCGUGGCGUGUAGGCAUUUCAUUUUUUUUAUCAUAACGCCUCUUUACUCAGCCCAGCCUCACUUGAGUCUCAAGCACUCCUUUCUUGGAUGGUCCUGCCAAUUCGUUUUUUUUGUUGCAGUAGGGCACAAUGGUCGCUGCUAUGUGCAAUCCCACUUGAGUAGCUUGCAUGUAUAUUGAUCAGCAUUGGGAUGUUUUAGCCAAUACCAGUUACAUCGUACGGAGGGGUUUUUUUUAGCUAUGGGAGGAAACAGGAGAACCUGGAGGAAAUCCAUGCAGAAUAGGGGGAGAAAAUCCAAACUCCACACAGAAUCGCCCCAGUCACGAAUUAAACCCAUCUAUGGACUCGAACAGGACGAAUGUACAAUCUCCAGCGGCGUGAAUAUUCAGAAUCUGUAGCGGUGUGAAUCUCCGUGACACACAGCCGUAUGAAUCGAUAUUGGCAUGGAUUUGUAAGGCUGCGUGGAUUUAUGGUGUGUACACAGACAUUGGUAUGGAUGUCAACUAUAGAGCGCACAAUCUAUACCGCGUAUAAUGCUAUGAAUACAUAAAUCUGGACCAUAUAAAUCUAUAUUAAUCUGUGGACUAUGUAGGGAUGUGCAGCUACUAACGUUUCGACAAAAUUACCAUUCACUUAAUGCGGAUAUUCCGCAAAUCCAAAUGGCAAAAGCUUUUCGGGGAAUUUUUUUGUACAAGUGCAUGCCAGAUGAACCUCGGGCGAAUAUGGAAAUAAAUAGGAAGCGUGUCUAUACAACAGUCAAGUGCACACGGUGUGCCCCUCACACGGUGAUGCCAGUGGUAAACACAGCAUCCGUGGCAUUCUUUCUGCUGCCGUUAUAUCGUUCAAAUCAAGAUUGCCGUUAUGUCUUGAACCGUUCAUCGUUGCACGCACGCGGUCGAAGAUGUGUCAAGACUUGCAGACGCGAUGUGGGCAGUGCCAACCACUCGAGCUUGAGGAUGACCGGGAGCGCCGUUCGUCCACCAUCGUCGUGAGCCCAGAACAUCAUUCCGCUGUGGAUGAAACAACGCGGAACAUUUUGUGGGAAGCAAUCGCAAGUGACUCGCGAACAUACUUGCCCCGGUCAUGGGAAUGUGGAUGCAUAUUCACCACUGGUGGAUUGCAGACACUGCAGCGAUAGCAGAAACAGCAGCAGCAGCUAAAACACAUUCCUUGUGCGGAGGGAGCUGGUAGGAACGCUGGGUUGCUCAGUCAAUGGCCAGGGUCAACGGCGGCGUGGUGUAUUCCGCAAAUAUGCCCGACUGUGAGGGCGGGCACAAACCGGCGUGAGUAGGUUAAACGUUGAGUUUUAUAAGGGCACCACAGGGUGACCAGCCCCUCCCCACCCAGCCCCGCCCUCCCCACCCAGCCCCUCCCUGCACGACGGACGGACGGACACAAUAAUCCCCUGUGGGCUGGUGUAACCAGGAGGUUCCUACCAGUCAAAUCUCUAUCAGCUGGCUUAGUACCAGCGGCAGUAAUGGCACUCGUAGUUGGUGUGUUGGUGGUGGAGGGAGAUUGUGGGAGAAGACCCAUAAUGAAUAGGCAUGCAACUACUCUACAAAACUCUCUUGCACCCUCCUGCAUCCCACCCUCACAAAGAAUCGACGAAUCGUAACGAUUUAACAAUCGGCUUUAAAAAAAAAUAACCGACUUGCUGUGAUGCGUCCAGAGUUCCAUCCCCACGCGAUCCACAAACUCAUUCAUUCUUAGAGAGUUGUUUCUUCACAGAGGCUGGCGUGGUGGCAAACGUAGAGUGCGCGAAACACAAAGAAGCAAGUGGAGGGUCCUGCCAAAGUGGAGACGGAGCGAACUUUUUUUUGCGUGUGGGUACCGUGACUUUAGCGGUAGAUCGAGACUGACUGACGGAUGCUGCUAAAGUAUAUAUUUGCCGUAUUGUGUCUCUGUGAUAAUAUGAGGGUCCAGACGAUGACGUGAUGUAAUCGAUGUUAAUCAUCGAUUACAUUGCAUGGGCGACUAAUCCCAGUCGGUUUCCUUUCGAGCGGCCCCUUGCAAUGCGUCGUUUUUGCUGGAAUUUGGGGCCGGAGGUGGAACCGAGACGCAACGAACGAAUCAACAGAGCCCCCUGCUCACGAUCGGCGAUGAUUAAUCGAGAGUAUCGGAUUUCCACGGGUGAACACGCCUGUACCCGCACACAGCCUCUAAGAGAUUAACAACACACAAGUUAGAAAUCUCGCUUAUUUCAGCUCUUCAUCAAGUGUAUUGUCAUUGGCUGGGAACUUCGUGAUUAUACUGCGGAUUAUAAGACGUACCCGGAGAGUGAGACUCACGGUAUUAAUACGGUUAUGCAAGUGUCGUCUCUCACACAGAUACAGACCGGAUUAAAAGAUUAACCCCCAAACUUUGUUUUCAAAUACAUGGGGGUAAUUCUAGAUUUGAAGCUUUCGUGACUGCAAGGAUUCAUAUUCUUAGUUUUUUUUCGGUAAAGUCACGUAGGUAAAAAAUGUAAAUGAAUAAAAGUAAAAUAAAAAAUAAAAAUCACGACGUUUCGGAGGCAACACAAGCCUCCGUCAGGUGGUAAUUUUUUACCUACGUGACUUUACCGAAAAAACCUAAGAACAUGGGGUAAUGUCCGUCUUAUAACCCGGAGAAUGCGGUAGGUGAUGCUUUUUUUAUUGUAUGAGGAUGUGGGGGUUGGAGGAAUGAGGAGCGAACGUAAUUCGCACCGAAUCGAACUAAUUUCAACAUUUCGUAAUAAUCAGAAUAUUUGAAGCUGGAGGAAUCCGACGAAGCCACAAAGCGCUUCGACCACAAGAGGUCAAAUUAACAUUCGUGACCACGCCCUCUCACGACUAGCCACGCCUCCGCCGCGCACCGUCAGCCAAUCGCGAGGCGGCUUCGAUCGGCAGCUCGACGGUGAUUGGCCGUUGGCUGCACGGUGAGCGGAGAAGUCGCACGCGAUUUUAUUUUUGUUUUCUUGGUUCUUUCGCUAAAGUCACGUAGAAGGAAAAUAAUAAAAUAAAAAAAAUUUUCUUGGUUCUUUCGGUAAAGUCACGUAGAAGGGAAAUAAUAAAAUUAUAAAAAUAAAACAUAAUAAAAUAAUUCUCACGACGUUUUUAUUAUGUUUUAUUGUUUUAUUAUUUCCCUUCUACGUGACUUUACCGAAAGAACCAAGAAGACGAAUCCCUGCAGUCACGAAAGCUUUGAAAUCGAAAUUAAUUUUUGUUCUCCCCCUUUUCCAGCCUCUGAGCAAGCGGAUAUCACCGCAACAAGCAGAUCGAUUACUUGAACCUUCACAUCGACUGAUCGUCAUCCAAUUCAACGAUCCGGUUAAUUUCAUUUUUUCCGAGCCGAUGGGACCGAGCGCGACUGAGUUGCAUGCGACAGCGAUCGCUUUGAAAUGAGCACACGGGGGGGGUCUGGAGGGAGUGAGGAUUAGGAUGGGAUGGGAUGAGGAGGGAUGAUGAUGAUGAUGGAUGUAAUUGCGCGAUGAUCCAUGGCUGCCUCGUCAUCUUGGCGGUGAAGGGGAACGUUGUUGAUGGUUGCCGGGUGAUUUGUACAUCGCCCUUCCUCGCGCGAUUAAAUUGCUCGUUUGCACAAAGAUGA